UAGAGUCCAUUUGGGCGGUGGGGAGUGGAACAGCUAGCCCCGACCCUAUCUUCGGCAGGCACUGACAGCUCCGCUCGCCGAAAGCUAGAGCUAACUAGCCUAGCCAUGGCGGCCACGUCACCGCUCCCGCGGUGGGCGCCGACGCCGAGCCCGUCGCGGCCGCUCUGGCGCUGGGGCGGCGGCACGCCCGACGCUGCCGGCCACGGAGGCGGCGAAGCAGGCGCCGGCGGGUGGUCGCUCGGGAGCGUCUUCGCGUGGGCCACGGGUGGCGCCCGGCGGCACCGUGGUGGCGGCACGGUGUCGAACGGAGCAGCAGCCGGAGCGCCACCCGGCGGCGACGGCGGCGUCUGCGUUCCCGGAACGGGGUGCGAGCUCGUGCCGCCGCCGGCGUCGCCGACGACCGUGGCAGCGGACGCGGCGGUGUUCCUGACGUGGGAGGAGGUGCGCGUGACGGUGGCGGGCGGCGCCCGCGGUGCGCCGGCGGUGGACAUCCUGGACGGGGUGAGCGGCCAUGCGCGGCCCGGGGAGGUGCUGGCCAUCAUGGGCCCGUCUGGGUGCGGCAAGACCACGCUCCUCGACACCCUCGCAGGAAGAUUAGGACCAGGCAUGAACAAAACAGGGCUGAUUUUAAUCAAUGGUCGGCAGGAGAAGCUUGCCUAUGGAACCUCAGCAUACGUGACCCAAGACAACGUGCUCAUGUCGACGCUGUCGGUGCGUGAGGCCGUGUACUACUCGGCGCAGCUGCAGCUGCCGGACACUAUGCCGCCGCCGGAGAAGCGGGCGCACGCGGACCGGGUGAUCCGGGAGAUGGGCCUCGGCGACGCCAUGGACACGCGCAUCGGCGGCCGGAUCACCAAGGGCAUCAGCGGCGGGCAGCGGAAGCGGGUGAGCAUCUGCAUCGAGAUGCUCACGCGACCGCGGCUGCUCUUCCUCGACGAGCCCACCAGCGGGCUCGACAGCGCCGCCUCCUACCACGUCAUGAGCCACAUCGCCCGGAUCGCCGUCCGAGAGGGGAUGACGGUCGUCUCCGCCGUGCACCAGCCCAGCGGCGACGUCUUCGAGCUCUUCCAUGGGCUCUGCUUGCUCGCCGCCGGGAAGACGGUGUUCUUUGGGACAACCUCCGAUGCCACCGAGUUCUUUACUCUGAGCGGCUUUCCAUGUCCACAUCUGAGGAGCCCAUCCGACCAUUUUCUAAGAACAAUCAAUAAAGACUUUGAUGAGGAAAAUGUGGAGAGUUCUAAAGCAAACAGGAAAACAGCAGCUGAAGCGAUAGACAUUCUGACGACUGCAUACAAAUCCUCCAGUUAUGCAGAAAAAACAACGUACCAAAUAGUUGAGAUGAAAAACAUGGAUGGAGCUUCAUUUAAGAGAAGAGAACAAGCAGGCUUCUGUACAAAGCUCCUUGUGCUCACAAGGAGAUCAUUCUUGAAUAUGCAUAGGGACAUAGGUUACUACUGGAUGCGUUUGGCCGUCUAUAUGGGCAUUGGCGUAUGUCUUGGCACUAUCUUCUACCAAGUCGGCUAUAGUUACAGUUCUAUCCAGAGUCGAUGUGAAGUAAUAAUGUAUACCACUGCACUUUUAACUUUCAUGGCCAUUGGAGGAUUCCCUUCUUUUGUAGAGGAUGUAAAGAUAUUCAGAAAGGAGAGGCUGAGUGGGCACUACGGCGUGUCAGAAUUUGUGAUCUCAAACACCCUUUCAGCCACUCCAUACCUGUCUGUCAUUGCUGUAUUACCCGGUGCAAUGCUAUACUACCUCACUGGACUAACAAAAGGCGUGGAUCACUUCACCUAUUUCGUCAUCGUCCUUUGCAUAUGUUGCCUGCUGGUUGAGAGCAUGAUGAUGAUUAUCGCCGCGAUUGUUCCGGACUUCCUGAUGGGAAUCAUCAUUGGAGCUGGGGUGCAGGGGGUGAUGAUGCUCAAUGGCGGCUUCUUCCGCCUUCCCAGUGAGCUCCCGAAGCCAGUAUGGAAGUACCCCUGCUACUACAUCUCCUUCCACAAGUACGCGGUGCAAGGAUUCUACAAGAACGAGUUCAUGGGACUGUCAUUCCCAAGUGAUCAGCUGGUUGAGUCUAAUGUCACCAUCAGUGGUAUUCAGGUCCUGAAGAGCAAGUUGCAGGUGGAGAUGGGGUACUCGAAAUGGGUAAACCUUGCCAUCCUAUGUGGAAUGAUGGUGCUAUACAGGCUUAUCUUCUUCGCUAUCGUCAAGAUUGCCGAGGAAAUCAGACCAAAAUUGGGAGGCAAACGAGGAUCUGUUAGAUAGUUGCCGUCUGUGUAUGUUUCUUUUUUUUUUUCCAUGGUCCAGUCAGUUUUCUGGUCAAAUUGUAUUAACUGCAAACAGUAAUUUGGUUAUACCACCAUGCCAUCUUAAGAUGAAACCGUGCAUGGUAUAUCUUUAUUUUGGGGAUAAUCAGUAAAUUAAACCACAGCAAAAAGAUAUGUGUAUACGAUUAAAAA